UGGGCUUAUGAGUCGUAGUAAUUCACUGCUCUACUCUGCCCUGCUCUAACUCCGUUCCCUGCUUCGGGGAAAGGGAAAAACACAGCGGGUCUGACGUGCCCCGGCGAUACCGGUGUGGGGGCGGCAGCCGUCGGGGGCUGCCCCGGGUCCCAACAACAGGUGAAGACGCGACGCCCCCCCCGCUCCCCGCCGCUGCCCCCCCGGAGGAUGCUCCGCUGCGGCGGGCAGCGGCGGGGCCGCCGGGGGGGACCGAGCGGAGGCGGGUGGACGUUACCGAGCCGCCGGGGGAAGAUGCCCGAUGGUUCGGGGCGGGGGGGUAAGAGCGGGGGAGAGGACCACCGGGGCAAGAUGCCCGCGGGCCCCGGCCUGUGCAGGGCAUGAGGACCACCGGGAGAAGAUGCCCGUGGUGCCGGAGGGAAAGGACCACCGAGGCAAGAUGCCCGGCGGCCGCGGGCGAUGCAGGCGAUGAGGAACGUCGGGGUAAGAUGCCCGCCGGUGCCGGGGGGGUGAGGACCACCUUGGGGAGAGGACCGCCCGUCCCGGGGAGAGAGGACCGCCGAGGGAAGAUGCCCGCCGGUGCCGGGAUGUACAAGGGAUGAGGACCACCGGGACGAGACGCCCGCCGGUGCCGGGGGCGGGGGGCGUGCGAUCCGCCGUGCGCGCAGCCCACCCCCGGUGCCGGCUGACGGCCAGCCCCUAUAAAUGCCUCCGGGGAGCGCCGAGCCGCCGCCGCCGGGGGAGCUGGGGGUCGCGGGCGGGCGCUGCCCCGAUGGAGGAGGACCCCUUCCCCCCAGGCCUCAACCUCUCCGCCCCCGGCGCCCCCCCGCCCGGCCCCGGCCCGCGGGCGGCCUGGGCGGGCGCCGUCCUGCUGCUGGCGCUGGUGGGCAACGGGCUGGUGCUGGGGGCGCUGCGCGGGGGGCGGCCGCGCCGGCGGCGGGACCUGCUGCUGGGCCACCUGGCGCUGGCCGACCUGGCGGGCUGCGGGCUAGCGCUGCUGCCGCGGCUGGCCACCGAGCUCCCCGGGCCGGCCGCCGCCCCGGGCGGCUUCGCCUGCCGCCUGCUGCCGCUGCUGCAGCGCUGCGGGCCGCUGGCGUCGGCCCACGGGCUGGUGCUGCUGGCGCUGGAGCGGCACCGCCCGGCCCUGCCCGCCCGCGGGCUGGCCGCCCUGGGCUGGCUCCUGGCCCCGCUGCUCGCCCUGCCCCAAGCCUUCGCCUUCCGCCCGGCGCCGCGCCCCGGCGGGCCCCGCUGCCGCAGCGUCUUCGAGGAGCUGCCGCGCUGGCAAGGGCUGGCCUUCGCCGCCUACGGGGUGGCCACCGGCUUCCUGGCGCCCGCCGGGCUGCUCUGCUGGCUCGGCCUGGCCUCGGCGGGGGGCGCCGGCGGGCGGCGGGAGGCGCUGGCGGCGCUGGGCAUCGUGGCGGCGGCCAACAGCGCGCUCAACCCCUUCGCCUGCCUGCUGCUGCACGGCCGGCUGCGGCGGGGGCUCUGCGGCACCGCCACCGGCACGGCCGCCGCCUGCUGCCGCCCCGGCGCCGACGGACAGGGGCGACGCGGGGCCACGCUCCGCCGACCGCUCCGCCGCCGCGCUCCCGGCCAGCCGGGCUCCGCCGGCACCCCGGGCAUCCAGGGCUCCCCCGGAACCGCCGGCGCCCCAGGCUCCUCCGGCAUCCCGGGCUCCCCGAGCAUCACUGGUAUCCCGGACGCCCCUGCUACCCCCGGCAUCCCGGGCUCCUCCGGCAUCCCCACCAUCCUGCGCUGCCCCGGUACCCCGGGCACACUGGGCGCCCCCGGUACCCCGGUCUCCCCUGGCACCCCGGCGGCCGCAGCCGCAGCACCUGGGCCGUCUCCACGCGUGGUGCGGUGUUAG